GGAGGGCCCCUGAGCCACCACCAGGCCCAGGACUGCGGCUUUGACCCCCACGAGGAGCCCAACCCCAAUGGAACAAGGCCUUUGCACUGAGGGUGCCCUUUGCUGACCCCCUGGUGCAGCAGCAGUACCUGCAUGGCCCCCUCAGGCGCUACACCCUGCACCUCAACUACACCCUGCGCCUGGUGCCCACGGGCCAGACCUUUGCCCAGCCAGGGCUCGUCACCUGCGACGUCCCAGAUGUGGUGCCACCCACCUUCCAGGGCUCCUGUGAGCCAGGGGCACUCGUGCUGGUGAUGACUCGGGGGAGCCUGGACCGGUUCUGGGUCCCCUACGUUGGGGAGCAGCCCCUGAGCCAGCAGGCAGCUCCCCACAGCUACCAAGUGUCAGAUGAUGGUCACCAUUUCCGCCUGGCUGUCUCCCUUCUGGCUCCUGGCCUGGCCUAUGAGAGCAUCUCUCUGCACUGGCUGGCAGCACGGCUGGAGUUCUCCUUGCGCGACAACAAGACUCUCGCGGUCCUGGCGUCCUUCUCCAUUGUCUGUACCUUCCCCACGGGGCAGCUUCUGGUGUGCCUGCCCAAUGGCACCAUGGUGGCCACCGUGCGGAGCCUGGACACCCGGCCUGCUCUUGACCCCCGCCGGACCCACCUGAGGGACCCAAGCUGUGGGCCUGUGGCCUCUGAUUCCUCGCAGGCUCUCUUCUCCUUCUCUCUGGCCUCCUGUGGGACCACACGGCAGUUUGAAGGAGACUCCCUGGUGUAUGAGAAUGAGGUGACCUUCGUGCCUGAGGGGGUCCCCGCCAUCUUCCCCAUCAUCAGCCGGGACUCGUGGUACAGGUGA